AUGGCAUCCAGCAGGCUCUCUUUCUCGCAAUACCGUCUGGAAGCGGAGAUCGACCGAUACAGAGCAGAGUGCCAGUGGGACAAGAUACCCUCUAUCGUAGAGCAACUCGUGGCCGCCCGAUUUCACGAAGACGGUGAGUGAUAACUACCUGUUGGAAUCUGGUAUAGGUUUCUUUUUUCUGAGUAAGUUUUUGUCACAUGUCCAUACAGGGAUGGCAAUAGUUCCGCAUGAGUUGGACUUUGUACUCUGCAAGUAAGCUCAAUGUCAUGUGCCUACUCUGCAAACAAUGAAAACUAACAGCUUUAGGCAUGCCCAAACUGCAGUAGCUUACAGUUCGAACAACUAUAUCAUCACCUUACACCUCUCAAUGGACAAUGUUUAAAACACAGAUCAUAUUGUAAUGAACAUGUAUGAACUGAUUGUCACUAUCACUGCCAUUUGUCCUUUUUUAUUAUUAUUUUGCAUGUAUUAAAACACACCACUCAAGCACAUUCACCAGGAGUGCAGUGUGUAUACUAUAUACUCAAGUCUACUGUGUACUCAGUCUGAAGUGGGUAGCCAAAGGUAGUUACUUCCCUCACCUCACCUGGUUAAAGUAAACAUGGGGUAAGGUGACAUGGCUCACGACUUUGCUGCGUGUCACUGUUAUUGUGUCAAUAACCAAAUCUUAAAUGUCAUUUGACCGGCCGGAUGGAAUGCCCACUGCCCACCUGAGACUGUUUUCACCAUGCCUGCAGGUGUACAGAACUGCUAGAGUGUGUAUAAUUCAAGUCAUCCCUAGCUGGUCUGCUGUUAAAGUCAGUCUUGAUGUUGACAGUUUGCCCACAGUUUUGUCAUUCUUGAUUUUGUAACAACACUGACCCUAUUUGUUGCAAUUCAAGACAAGGGUGAUCAGUCUCUGACCAGGAAGUUUUGGGAUCAGAACAGUGUUGAAAAUAAUGUAGCUUUUAUUCAGAUGCCUUGUAGAGCAGGGGUGUCAAACUCAUUUUAGCUCAGGGGCCACAUGGAGGAAAAUCUAUUCCCAAGUGGGCCGGACCGGAAAAAUCAUGGUAUAUAUAACUUAAAAACAACAACUUCAGAUUGUUUUCUUUGUUUUAAUACGAUCAACAUACAACAUAAAGCUGGAGCCUGAGGACAGUGUGUCCAAAAUAGUACAAGCACAACAUCACUAUUAAUCAUAAAACACGUCAAGUUUAUUUGAAAAUUCUAAAGAAAAAGAACACACAAACACACAAUGCCUCAGUGAUUAACAUAACUGUUUCACAGAUCACAGAACAAUAUCAGGGUGUCAUUUCUCAGGCAGAAAUGUAGAUAAAAAUAAUGAAAUCCUGUUCCCCAAACAAGUGCAAGAACCACAGAGUCAAGAAUAGGUUAAAUAUACAAAUAAAAUAAAAUCAAUUAAAAACAAUAGCACAUCAACAUAAAAACAUAUAAACAUAAAGCUGGAGCCUGAGGACAGUGUCCAAAAGCACAACAUCACUAUUAAUCAUAAAACACCUCAAGUUAUUUGAAAGUUCUGAGGACAAAGAACACACAAACACACAAUGCCUCAGUGAUUAACAGAACUGUUUCACAGAUCACAGAACUAUAUCAGGGUGUCAUUUCUCAGGCAGAAAUGUAGAUAAAAAUAAUGAAAUCCUGUUCCCCAAACAAGUGCAAUAACCACAGAGUCAAGAAUAGGUUAAAUAUACAAAUAAAAUAAAAUCAAUUAAAGAAAAUAGCACAUCAACAUAAAAACAUAUAAACAUAAAGCUGGAGCCUGAGGACAGUGUCCAAAAGCACAACAUCACUAUUAAUCAUAAAACACCUCAAGUUAUUUGAAAGUUCUGAGGACAAAGAACACACAAACAGACAAUGCCUCAGUGAUUCACAGAAGUAUAUCACAGAUCACAGAACUAUAUCAGGGUGUCAUUUCUCAGGCAGAAAUGUAGAUAAAAAUAAUGAAAUCAUGUUCCCCAAACAAGUGCAAGAACCACAGAGUCAAGAAUAGGUUAAAUAUACAAAUAAAAUAAAAUCAAUUAAAAACAAUAGCACAUCAACAUAAAAACAUAUAAACAUAAAUCUGAAAGCGUUGCUCAAACUCCCGUAACAGUCCCGUUAUUUUGUCUUUGAACCGCUUCAUGUCUGCCACAUGUUGGGUCGUGCACACAUUUUUCAGACAGGGGAAGUGAGCUGCAUCACCACCGGCAAGUUGCGUCUCCCACAAUGACAGCUUCAACUUGAAAGAACGUAUGCUGUCAUAAUACUGCGUGACAACUUUGUUGCGCCCUUGCAGCUGUUUGUUCAAGUUAUUCAGGUGCUCUGUAACAUCCACCAUUACAUUUACAUUUUAGUCAUUUAGCAGACGCUCUUAUCCAGAGCGACUUACAGGAGCAAUUAGGGUUAAGUGCCUUGCUCAAGGGCACAUCAACAGAUUUUUCACCUAGUCGGCUCUGGGAUUAGAACCAGCGACCUUUCGGUUACUGGCACUACGCUCUUAACCACUAAGCUACCUGCCACCAUAAAUGCAAGGUCCUGCAUCCAUUCUGCGGAAUGAAAUUCUAACACUGGUUUGCCCUUUUCUUCCAUGAACUGUUCAAUUUCUUCUCGUAAAUCAAAGAAACGCCUCAGCACAGCACCUCGGCUUAACCAUCUUACCUCAGUGUGGUAUGGCAGUCCAUAGAUGUGGUCUUUCUCUCUGAGAAGGCUGUCAAACUGACGGUGAUUCAGGCUUCUGGAUCGGAUGAAAUUAACAGUUUGGAUGACCACCUUCAUGACGUUAUCCAUCUUUAAUGACUUGCAACACAAAGCCUCCUGGUGCAAAAUACAGUGAAAAGUCAAAAAAUCACAUCCUCCAUUUGCAGAUUGCACUUUCUCUCUGAACUUUGUCACAACGCCUGCUUUUUUCCCGAUCAUUGAGGGCGCACCAUCUGUAGCCAGGCUGACAGCGCGGGACCAGUCCACUCCGACCCUGUCCAGCGCGCCGACGAGUGCGGUAAAAAUAUCAGCUGCUGUCGUUGUAUCUGUCAUCGGCACCAACUCCACGAACUCCUCGGUGACGGUCAAUGUGUCAUCAACUCCGCGGAUGAAAAUGGCCAGUUGUGCAACAUCUGUAAUGUCCGUGCUUUCAUCAAUUGCAACCGAAAACGCAAUAAAUGACUUUACUUUUUGCUUCAACUGGCUGUCCAAAUCCACUGAAAGAUCGGAAAUCCUGUCUGCAACUGUGUUUCUUGUCAGGCUGAUAUUUGCAAAAGCCUGCCGCUUUUCAGGGCACACAAUCUCCGCUGCCUUCAUCAUGCAUGUUUUUACAAAUUCACCCUCACUAAAUGGUUUUGAAGCCACUGCGAUUUCAUUAGCAAUGAGGUAGCUAGCUUUUACUGCAGCGUCACUGUCUCGGCUGUGAGUAAACACAGACUGCUGUUUCUUCAGACCCGCCAACAGUUCAUUCACCUUCUCUCAUCUCCGCUGUCCUUGAAAGUUGUCAUAUUUGUCGGCAUGAAGACUCAUAUACUGGCGACGAAGGUUAUAUUCUUUCAGCACUGCAACAUGCUCUGAACACACCAAACAUACAGCUUUCCCAUUCAAUUCCGUGAAUAAAUAGGAUGACCAUUUUUCUUGGAACACUCUGCACUCUGCGUCCACUUUUCUCUUUUUUGACAGAGACAUAUUGGGGCAAUGAGGGUGCCAAAGCACAUAAUGUUAAAAGUAGAAGCCGUAAUAAAUAUCGCGGGCAAAACAAAGUAGCUCAUUGGCUGCACGUGCUUGACCUACUUGCUCUGCCCCGGUAUAAACAGUUUGCUUGCUUAACACAAUUGCUAUUGCUCCAUCCAGUGGACGCAAUUGGAACAGCAGUUUAUGUUAUAGAAAAAUUGCAGCGCAUUUUUAUACUUUACAAAAUUAUUAUUAUUAUUAUUAUUAUUAUUUUUUUUUUUUUAAAUCAUCUCGCGGGCCGGAUUAAACCCGUUUGCGGGCCUGAUCCGGCCCGCGGGCCGGACGUUUGACACCCCUGUGCUAGAGUGUGUAUAAUUCAAGUCAUCCCUAGCUGGUCUGCUGUUAAAGUCAGUCUUGAUGUUGACAGUUUGCCCACAGUUUUGUCAUUCUUGAUUUUGUAACAACACUGACCCUAUUUGUUGCAAUUCAAGACAAGGGUGAUCAGUCUCUGACCAGGAAGUUUUGGGAUCAAUGUGUUGAAAAUAAUGUAGCUUUUAUUCAGAUGCCUUGUAGAGGAUUUGUUAUUCUCCUGAAGAAUUCAUACAAGUUAUGCACCACAUGAACAUGCCACAUUGCGGUUAUAUUGUAGUUAAUGUUUUAUAGAGCAUAAUUAUUUGUUUUAUGUGUUUAGACACCAUAUACAUAUACAUCACCAGGGUUGGGUGGGUUACUUUCUAAAUGUAAUCCGUUACUAGUUACCUGUCCAAAAUUGUAAUCAGUAACAUAACUUUUGGAUCACCCAACCUCAGUAACAUAAUCUGAUAACUUCCCGUUACUUUUGGAUUACUUUCCCCUUAAGAGGCAUUAGAAGAAGACAAAAAUUAUCCAUCAAACGCAUUUGGUGUGUCAUCAUAGUAGUCUGACUUGUGGUCAGACCCGCUCAGGUGGAGCAAACUUAAAAUGUGGCCUUUUUUCAAUGUUGAAUUGAAUGUCAUUGAGAAAACAGAAAGGAGUCAAUGUAUUUUUUCACAAACAUCCUUUGUGAAUUUAAAAGUAAUCCAAGAGGUAAUCAUCAAAUUUUUCAAAAGUAUCUGUAAUCUGAUUACAAUAUUUGUACAUGUAAUCUGUUACUCCCGAACCCUGUACAUCACAUUAUACAUUCUCCAGCCCCUAUCCUCCCUUUCAGUGAUAAACCUUGACUGGGACAGUCUCAUAAGCAUGAUGCGCUACAGUAUGUCAGAGAUGCCAGGACAUAAACACCAGUCACAGACUUGGCGUCAGAACACGCCACCAGAGACGGGAGAGGAGUGAGAGAAGUGAGAGCUGGACCAAACAUGGAGGCUCUAAUCCAGAAUGUGUAAACAAGUGACUUUUAUUGCCAUCCAGUGACUUCAGUUUUAGGCGCCCCUGGUGUUUUUUCUCCCUUCUCUCUGGGGCUUGUGGGAAAUUAUGCUAUGAUGGACUGGGCUGGGUUUAUUUUGUGUCCCAAAGCAGCUGACCCCUGACCCUGGACUCCCACUCUGCACUCAGCCCACCUACCCCUCCACUACUCUGAAUUCUGUCCUAUUUCCCUGUGCCCUCCUCCAGAUGACUACGGGACGCUGUUAUUGGCCGAGGCCCUGCUAGAGGAGAGUCUACAGGACAACCUGAGUUUGUUACGCAACGCUACGCCUUUGACGGACAUCAAUCAGCCCAAACUGUCCCGGUCCAAGGGCUACCUCAACUCCAUCCUGAGCAGGGGGCGCCUGGGGGUUAGUCUGAGCAUCUCCUCUCUGUGUCACCUCCCUCUACAUCUUACUUCCUCCUAUUCUACUUAGCUUUAUAUCUUGUUAACUUGUCUCACCAAGUUUCCAAUCAGUCUAUUCUUUAUAUGUGUACCUGUUUUCUCUGUCACCCUUCACUUAGUCUCUCGUAACAGCCUUCGUGUUGUGUCUCUCUCUCUGUCUGGCCCCACACAGCCCAGGCACCUGAACGAGGCUCUUCUUCUGAUGGCCAAAAUACACUAUGUCCAGGGCGAUUACCGUGACGCCCAGGGCAUGUGUGCAAGGGUGGGCAUAGACGAGCUGACGGGGGACGAGCAGCCCAUCUACCACCUGCGUCUGCUCGCAGAGGCCUUUGUCAUCAAAGGUACCAAUCCUUUCAUAAGCAAAUACUGGGUGGAAUGAAAUAUGGAAAACACAAUGUUUGACCUGUGUGGUAUUUAGUUAUGUAAAAAUUUUUUUUGCAGACAGACUAAACAUUCUGUGUUACCUGAAAUGUUGACCUGAAUAUGACCUAUACCAGGGAUGGGCAACUUUGAUGGGGGUGGGGGCCACAAAAAAUCUGAACUCGUCAUUAUUUCUUAAGCAAUAAGGCACCUCAGGGUUUGUGGUAUAUGGCCAAUAUACCACGGCUAAGGGCUGUUCUUAAGCGCGACGCAACGCGGAGUGCCUGGAUACAGCCCUUAGCCGUGGUAUAUUGGCCAUAUACCACAAACCCUGAGGUGCCUUAUUGCUAUUAUAAACUGGUUACCAACUUAAAUUUGUCAUACCCGUGGUAUACGGUCUGAUAUACCACGUCUGUCAGCCAAUCAGCAUUCAGGGCUCGACCCACCCAGUUUAUAAUACAAGUUUAGAUAACUGGCCGCUAGACUAACUUACUAAUCAAAAACAUUUUUAGCUGACAUGGGCAACAGUAAAUUGGGGGGGGGGGGUUGAUCCGAGGGCCUUCAAAAUUGUGCGGCCCGCAGGCUGCCAGGCUGCCAGGUUGCCAGUUGCCCAUCCCUGACCUAUACUAAGAUGGACAUUCAAUGCACAAAGUAAACAAAUGACCAGGGCCAGUUUUCAUAAAGCAUCUGAGUAGGAGUGCUGAUCUAGGAUCAGGUCCCCCCCUGUCCAUUCAUUAUAAUCUAAAUAGCAAAACUGAUCCUAGAUCAACACACCUACUAUGAGACGCUUUAUAAAUACAAGCCCAGAGCUACAAAUGAUGAUGAUUUCUAUCAGGUGUCCUCUGGUUUUAGUCUCCAUCUGUACAGUGUAAUGAUUACAUGGAUCUCAAAUAUGAUUUGCAUACUGGCACUACUCACUCUCCGAUGAACUAGACAAAGAGACAGCCAAAGCCUGCAGACUAGCACGUUUCCCUGAAAAACACUGAAGUUGAACAGCACUGUGCAUAAAUGUACUUAAUGAUCUAUUUCCUAAUCCCCAUGGUAGGAGUUAUUAUAGGCCUGUGAUGACUAUAACCUUGUAUGGGUUUAGAAGUCGCCCUUUCUAGGCUGUCUGAAUACAAUCAUUAGAAUGAAAUGUGCCUGGGAAACCUCAGUACCUCAAUACCCCAGGUAUGUUUAUAUGAAUGUAGUGAAAUCUUUACUGACCAGUAAGAUUGUCAAGUGUCUGCCGGCUGAGAGUACUUAGCACCUCUGAACAGUGCCGGCAGGUGGACCCUAUAACAGACCGAACCGUCAGCAAGCGAACAAAUGGCAAAUGAACGGCCCCCCACUGUACAGACCGACAAUCGGUCUGGUGAGUUUUCUCCUUUUAGGCUGUGAAAGAAAGGAAGCAUUGACCACGUGUUAAUUUACAUGAGGGAGGAAAUUUGACUUGACACAUUGCUAUACAUUGAUUCACUUGCCAAAGGUAUUGUUAUGUGUGUGUCUUUGUGUGUGUUUGUUCUUCAUCCCAAAUCAGUUCCUGGUUUUAGACCUCUCUGGGAAGUGAUUACAAAGAAAAUGGGAACUUAUUCAGAAUUUAGUCUUAAGUAAUGCAAGCUGUCUCUAGGGAACCCACUAUAUAUAGUUGGACUGGAACUAUGAGUUCUGUUAGGCAGAGUUUCCACAUGCACACACACACACACAGUGAAACAGAGGGCAUUGUCUAUUGUCACACACAACACACUGCUGGUCCAUGUCUGGAUAAUUGUGUUCGAGAAGCAUCACUCAUCAUCAUCAUGAGAUGCAUUACAUUCAAACAGUCAUUGCUUCCUAUCACAGUGUCUGCUGCAUAGAUUGAAGGGAAGAAUUCAUGAAGCAGCCUUGUUGAUGUCUAUCAUUGAAUAAACCAUAAUGGACUAUAAGUCAUGUUAGGAGAAUAAUACUAGAGUCAAGCCAAUAUGCUCAAAGGAAAGAGUGCUUAAGAAAGCGAAGAUCUGAUGGGAAUCACUCAACUAUGUAAAGGGUUUGACAUUGCAUAGUUUCUCAACAUCCUUCCAAGGUUUCCAUUAUAUUGUUUUGGGAAUGUUAUGAGAUAGGAAUAUUUGUUAGAUGAGGUCUUGUCUAUUGGCAGCUGCUCCUUAUUUGAUUAAGGAUGUCGUCUGGCCGUGUCCUCCCUGCAAUCCUGGAGGUCUCCUCUCACUCUAUUUAUUUAUUUAUUUAUUUAUUUAUUUAUUUAUACCAAUAACCAUAUUCCCCCUCCAGCCAUCUAUCCCAAGCUCUUCCUCCCAUACACUCAUUGUCUCGAAAUGAUACAUUUUCCAUACUAAACAAGCUGGCGUCUUCCUACAAGCUACAGUGCUAUUUGUUUUCAGUGUCAAAUUAAAAAACCCAAAACCCAAAUAUUAUUUAUUUAUUUCUCCCUCCCUCUGUAUCUCUCUCUCCCCGUUCUCUCUCUCUCUCUCUCUCUCUCUCUCUCUCUCUCUCUCUCUCAGGUCUGUCCCUGGACCACCAGGCAGUGUCCGCUGCCUCCCGUCUCCGUCUGUCUGAGAGAGAGGAGGAAUGUCUGUCCUGUUACCUGAGGGCCUGCGACACCGCUCUCGUUUACCUGCAAGAGCUCGAUAAGGUGUGUCUGUGUGUUUUUGUAUGAUUCAAUGAUACAAAGCAGCACAAAACUACUUGGUGUAUGUGUUUACCAACUGAAGUUGUUACUGUUGUGUUGGCAGACGGUGGUCACCCUUAGUUCUAAAGCAGCUAAGACCAGUUUGGCCCCUCCACCACUGGACAUUGACCUGGGCUUCUUCCAGCAGGCGGCGCUACAGAGUGCAUACCUGUGUCUGCUGCAUAGGGGGUGAGUAAAUGGUCCAGUAGAGCAGUCAAAGAUGGUGGAGGCUUCGCCUCUUCCUCUCUGGAGCAGUGCAUUGUGAUUUCAGCAACAGCAAGUGGCACUUUUGUUUUUGACCAGUAGGUUUCAGUAUUGCACCUCAGAUAGGACAGAGUCAUUGCUUGUAGUGGCACGAUUUAGCUCCAGUGCUCCACUCAUUUAUACAUAGUUGGAGCAGCAUGCUGUGCUGCUGGCACUGACUAACAAGGCCCUAGACACUGAAUACCCUGUCCGUCUGUCUGUCCAUCUGUUUGUCUGUCUGUCCGUCUGUCUGUCCGUCUGUUUGUCUGUCUGCAUGUCUCUGUCUGAAUGUCUGUCUUGUCUUUCUGUUGUCUGUCUGUCUGUCUGUCAGUCACCUGGCCCAGGGAGCCCAACAGCUGCGCAGGGUCCUCAGGGUGGUGGAGUCUCGGGGCUCCCAGAGCUUCAGGAAGGUGAGGAGGGCUCACAUUUUCACCUAGUUCGCAGGAUGAGUCACGCAGGAUGACUGUCUAUAUGUAUUUAAUCUUUACGGCCUGGAGGUUUUCCUGACCACGUGACUUGACUAAGUCAGGAAACUGUCCUGGCCCUAGUUAUAUCCUAGUUAUGUUUUAUGGCAUCAUAUGGCAUGUUAAUUAAUGUGUCUCAUAGGCUGCAGCACGGAAGCUGGCUGAGGUGUUGCUGAGCUCGGUGAGUGAGGACAGCUACUGGGCCCCCAUGUCCCUCCCACCCUCCGCCUGGCUGCAGAGAGAAGGGAACGCCGGCCCAAAGGAUGCCAUGUACCCCUCUUCCAAACCACCUCAAUGCUACAGGACUGACAGGUCUGUACCUCUCCUCUCUUCUUCUUUUCCUUCCUCUCUCUCUCUCCCUCACUUUAUCUCCUCUCUUUCUUUUCUAUUCAUGUGUAAUUCCAUUAAUCCACUGAUAUUACUCAAUCCCCUGAUCAUUUAGCUUUAGCACUGGCUUGAGAGAUCAGCUCACGUUCCCCUACAGUGAGUUGUGUGUGACCCUACUGAACCGUUGAGCUUAAAUAGUCCCAGAGCAUCAAUAAGACAGACCUCCCUAGAGGUCCAGACGUCCACUAUUCUGGUCAUACAAAACCCACACAUGGAACAUAACUUGAUCUCACCACAGUCUGACUCGUAUUGGCUAGGAGCUCUGUGGACUCAUGUUGCCUUUGUCAAGCUUUAGAGGCUUUGUCAGGGACUUACCUUUGGCUGUUCCACCAUAUCGAAUAUAAUAUCUUAUUGGUAUGCGCUAUCCUCAGAGGAUAUCAAAUGCUGCACCCCAAACAACAUGCAUGAGUGAGAACACAAGAACAGAAAUGGAGAAUGCACUCAGGGAAAUAAAGUGCUGUUGUUGUACGCCCGAUUCGUUGUCAUGGGUUACUUCUUUAGAAGUGCCUUGAUAUUGUCUUGUAAUUAUAUCUUUAGUCGGUACAUCAGGGGCUCAGCCAGAGGGCAGUCAAGAUAGAAUAAGAGGGAGGGAGAGAGAGAGAGUGAGAUGGUGAAAGUGAUGGGUGGGAGGAAUGGAAAACAUGCCAGAGAAAAGAGAGGGACCAAGGAAGGUGGCAAACGUGUACACGCGUGUAUGUUCGUGCGUACACAUUUUGUGCACGUGCAUGUGAGAGACACCCGAGAGAGCGGAGUGCUGUGAUACUGUGGGGGUGGUCAGAGGGUUGUCUUACACCACCAGCAGGUGAAGUAGAAACAGGACACUCCCCGUGAUCUAGCCACGGUAUGGGGUUGUUGUGUGACGUGUCACUUCCUGCUCCUAUCUCCUGUGUCUCCUCGCAGUGUCUUCUGUCCCCAGGACGUGGUUGAGGAGGCCGUGCUCCUGCUGCUCAUCACAGAAUCCAUGGUGAGACAGCCCUCCCCCUCCCUCUUUCCCUCUCUCUCCUUCCAUCUCUCCCUCUCUCUCCCUCACCCCUCUCUCUUUCUGUUUUUACACACUUUUCCUGUCUCCGAGGCCAUAUAUAUUACCGAAAUGUAUUUGCUUACUUUGACAUUUGUUGAUUGGACAUUCUUGUGGGAUAUUUUUGUGCCCUCUCCUUCAUCUACAAUGUAUGUAGAUUCUACAUUGAUCUCAAAAAAGCUUGACAGGUGUAAGGCUAGCUUUCACUUGUCCCGUCAAUACAGGGAAAGGAAAGGAUACCAGCAGAUUAAAAGCCACUUCAUAGGCCUACUAUUGCAACAGCCUUGUGUUGAAUCUGAUCCUAAAUCUGUAAUCUCCCCCUAUAGGCUAGCGGAGAUGCAGUCAUCAGCCGAGCGCCGGACCAUAAGGAGGUGCGGGAAACCAGUCUGCAGGACGCCACCUCUGUCUACGACCUGCUGAGCAUCGGCAUGGCCAGGAGGGGGCAGUAUGCCAUGCUGUCCGAGGUGAGCCUGCCUCGAAAACACUGGAGGCUAAAGGGAGGAUAGGAGAUACUUCAACCUAACUAGCUACACUGUGUGAAGGGAAAGACUUGCCUGACAACUUUGUAAUGACCUUGUUGUGUCAUAUACUUUCAAGCAUAGUUGGGUGCUCUCUCUCUUUCUUUCUUUCUUUCUUUCUUUCUUUCUUUCUUUCUUUCUUUCUUUCUUUCUUUCUUUCUUUCUUUCUUUCUUUCUUUCUCUUUCUUUCUCACUUAUUCUCUCUCUGUCUCUCUGGCUUACCCAGUCUUCUCUCUAUUUACAUUCAGGUUGGCAGCAUUUUUCUCCAGGUGAAUGAGAGUGAGCACUGCCAAACAGGUGAACCCUCUCACGUGUGGGGCCAUGCAGGGUGCCACUAGGCUAGCUAACAAUAGACGCUGGUUAUGUCUUUCUGCCUGGCUAACAUCAUUCCUCUCAUAGGUGUCACGGUGUGGGCAGCUAGUUAGAGCUCUUUAAAUAAACCUCAAACCCUCAACCUUCAACCUCACCCUCAUUUUUAUUUAUUUUAUUUUUAUUUAUUUCACCUUUUAUUUAACCAGGUAAGCCAGUUGAGAACAAGUUCUCAUUUACAACUGCGACCUGGCCAAGAUAAAGCAAAGCAGUGCGAUAAACACAACAACACAGAGUUACAUAUGGGGUAAAACAAAACAUAAAGUCAAAAAUACCACAGAAAAUAUAUAUACAGUGUGUGCAAAUGUAGCAAGUUAUGGAGGUAAGGCAAUAAAUAGGCCAUAGUGCAAAAUAAUUACAAUUAGUAUUAACACUGGAAUGAUAGAUGUGCAAGAGAUGAUGUGCAAAUAGAGAUACUGGGGUGCAAAUUAGCAAAAUAAAAAACAAUAUGGGGAUGAGGUAGUUGAGUGGGCUAAUUUCAGAAGGGCUGUGUACAGGUGCAGUGAUCGGUAAGGUGCUCUGACAACUGAUGCUUAAAGUUAGUGAGGGAGAUAAGAGUCUCCAGCUUCAGAGAUUUUUGCCGUUUGUUCCAGUCAUUGGCAGCAGAGAACUGGAAGGAAUGGCGGCCAAAGGAGGUGUUGGCUUUGGGGAUGACCAGGGAGAUAUACCUGCUGGAGCGCAUACUACGGGUGGGUGUUGCUAUGGUGACCAAUGAGCUAAGAUAAGGCGGAGAUUUGCCUAGCAGUGAUUUAUAGAUGGCCUGGAGCCAGUGGGUUUGGCGACGAAUAUGUAGUGAGGACCAGCCAACAAGAGUGUACAGGUCACAGUGGUGGGUAGUAUAUGGGGCUUUGGUGACAAAACGGAUGGCUCUGUGAUAGACUACAUCCAAUUUGCUGAGUAGAGUGUUGGAGGCUAUUUUGUAAAUGACAUCGCCGAAGUCAAGGAUCGGUAGGAUAGUCAGUUUUACGAGGGCAUGUUUGGCAGCAUGAGUGAAGGAGGCUUUGUUGCGAAAUAGGAAGCCGAUUCUAGAUUUAACUUUGGAUUGGAGAUGCUUAAUGUGAGUCUGGAAGGAGAGUUUACAGUCUAACCAGACACCUAGGUGUUUGUAGUUGUCCACAUGCUCUAGGUCAGACCGGUCGAGAGUAGUGAUUCUAGUCGGGUGGGCGGGUGCCAGCAGCGUUCGAUUGAAGAGCAUGCAUUUAGUUUUACUAGUGUUUAAGAGCAGUUGGAGGCUACGGAAGGAGUGUUGUAUGGCAUUGAAGCUCGUUUGGAGGUUUGUUAACACAGUGUCUAAUGAAGGGCCAGAUGUAUACAAAAGGGUGUCGUCUGCAUAGAGGUGGAUCUGAGAGUCACCAGCAGCAAGAGCGACAUCAUUGAUAUACACGGAGGAAAGAGUCGGCCCAAGAAUUGAACCCUGUGGCACCCCCAUAGAGACUGCCAUAGGUCCAGACAACAGGCCCUCCGAUUUGACACAUUGAACUCUAUCUGAGAAGUAGUUGGUGAACCAGGCGAGGCAGUCAUUUGAGAAACCAAGGCUAUUUAGUCUGCCAAUAAGAAUGCGGUGGUUGACAGAGUCGAAAGCCUUGGCCAGGUCGAUGAAGACGGCUGCACAGUACUGUCUAUUAUCUAUCGCGGUUAUUAUAUCUUUAGGACCUUGACUGGUGUCACCCUCCGGUGGCGCUGUCUAAGGCACUGCUCGCAGUGCACCCACUAGAGAUCCUGGCAGCUCGCUGUACCGCCGCACCGGGAUGGGCGUGCCAAUGCCAGCAUCGUCAGGUAGGGGAGGGAGGCGCAGGAGGUAGCUCUGGUAGAGCAUGGCGUUUGCAACGCAUGUUGUCGGUCGAUUCCACGGGGGGCAUAUGAAAUAAAAAGUAAUGCAUGUGUAAGUCGCUCUGAUAAGAGCGUCUGCUUGACUAAAAAACUUACCAGCUCGAAACCGUGCAUAGGAAGUACGGUGAUAAUGUCGGUUAUCUGUUUGUUACUUGUUUUUAAAAAUUUCGAAGCAGGGAAUGAUAUAGUCUGUAACAGUUUGGAUCUAGAGUGUCACCCCCUUUGAAGAAGGGGAUGAACACGGCAGCUUUCCAAUCUCUGGGGAUCUCAGACGUUACGAAAAGAGUGAAGAGUAAUAGGGUUGUGAAAUUUCGGCGGCUAUUUUAAUAGAAAGGGUCAGAUUGCUAGCCCAGAUGAUAGGGUUUCCAGAUUUGCAGCUCUUUCAGAACUCAGCUUGUCUUAUGUGUGAAAGAAACGGGCGGGGGGGGGCUGGCAAUUUCAGAUGCGACUGGUGGCCUAUGGUAGCCAGUGAAGCAUGGCGCAAGAUGCUGUGAAACUGUUAUUUAGAAAUCUGUGGUGAAGUGUUUCCUACCUCAGUGCAUGUGCAGCUGGAGGAGGUCUCAUUCCCAUCUUACGUGUCCCAACCUUUUGAUUAGUGCUACAGGAUGCACAUUUCUGUUGAAAAGAUGCUUGCUUUCCUAACUGCUUGUGUAUAUUGGUUCCUACUUCCGAAAACAUAGCGGGGGCUAUUCCUAUGCAUACACGGAUGUUUUGUGCUGGUCAGAGUCAAUCUAGAGAACAGGGCUCAUUGUUCUUAGUCGCUUUUUGAAGGGCAUGCUUAUUUAAGAUAGGAGAGAACAACAGUCUACUGACGGAUGAGAUCGCUGGAUACCUGGCAGGUAAUAGUGGCUCGCCAAAGUGUUUUAGGACGUUUGACGUGUGAGGGGUGGUCUUGGACCCGUUACGGACGCAGGCAAUAAGGCAGUGAUCGCUGAGAUCCUGGUUGAAGACAGCGGAGGUGUAUUUAGAGGGUAAGUUAGUCAGGAUGAUAUCUAUGAGGGUGCCCAUGUUUACGGAUUUAGGGUUGUACCUGGUAGGUUCCUUGAUAAUUUGUGUGAGAUUGAGGGCAUCUAGUUUGGAUUGUAGGAUGGCCAGGGUGUUAAGCAUAUCCCAGUUUAGGUCACCAAGCAGUACAAACUCUGAGGAUAGAUGGGGGGCAAUCAAUUCACAUAUGGUGUCCAGGGCACAGCUGGGGGCUGAGGGUGGUCUGUAGCAAGCGGCAACAAUGAGAGACUUAUUUCUGGAAAGGUGGAUUUUUAGAAGAAGGAGCUCAAACUGUUUGGGCACAUACCUGGAUAGUAUGAUAGAGCUCUGCAGGCUAUCUUUACAGUAGAUUGCAACUCCACCCCCUUUGGCAGUUCUAUCUAGACGGAAAAUGUUGUAGUUGGGGAUGGACAUUUCUGAAUUUUUGGUGGCCUUCCUAAGCCAGGAUUCAGACACUGCUAGAACAUCAGGGUUGGCGGAGUGUGCUAACGCAGUGAAUAACUCAAACGUAGGAAGGAGGCUUCUGAUGUUAACGUGCAGAAAACCAAGGCUUUUACGGUUACAGAAGUCAACAAAUGAUAACUCCUGGGGAGUAGGAGUGAUACUGGGGUCUGCAGGGCCUGGGUUAGCCUCUACAUCACCAGAGGAACAGAGGAGGACUAGAAUAAGGAUACGGCUAAAGGCUUUAAGAACUGGUCUUCUAGUGCGUUGGGUACAGAGAAUAAAGGGGGCAGAUUUCCGGGCGUUGUAGAAUAGAUUCAGGGCAUUAUGUACAGACAAGGAUAUGGAAGGAUAUGAGUACAGUGGAGGUAAACCUAAGCGUUGGGUAACAAUGAGAGAGAUAGCAUCACUGGAGGCACCGAUUGAGCCGGUCUCAGCGUGUAUGGGGGGUGGAACAAAGGAGCUAUUUGAGGCAGUUUGAGAAUGACUUGGGGUUCUAUAUUGAAAUUGUAUAAAAAUAACUAACUGGAACAGCAAUAGGCAAGGCAUAUUGACAUGGGAGAGAGGCAUAAAGCAAUCACAGGUGUUAUUAGAGAGAGCUAAGACAACAACUGGUAAUGGCGAUGAAAGUUUGGGCUGAGGCUAAACAGACAAACAGGACAGGGUACUGUGUAAAGGAACAGUCCAGCAGACAUCAGCUGUGCAGCUGAGUGAUCAUAAGGUCCAGUGAACAGCAAUAUGUGAGUCCGAGAGCAGUUAGAAUUGGUGCUAAAGCACAGCGAGCAGGAAGCCCGGCUGUUGUUUGCGUGUGCUAGCGGGCCGGGGCUAGCAGAUGGAUCUUCGUGGUCGUCGCAACGGGAAGCCUGUUGAAACCACAGACGAUUACGUCGGUAGACCAGUCGUGAUGGAUCGGCGGGGCUCCGUGUCGACUCUAGGAGGUCCCGUCCAGUUCACAGAGAGGUAGAUAGCCGGAAGAUGUGCCUGACUCGAGGCUAGCUCAAGGCUGAUUAGUCAACAACAACAUUCAUUUGGUUGCAGCUAGCUAGUUACGAUGAUCAGGUGUUAAAGGUCCAGUGAUUUAGUGAUUCCAGCAGAAAAUCCGAUAUGUUCUGGGUCGAUAACGCGCUGUGCAGACAGUGCAGACGGGCCGAUAAUAGUCCAGGCUAGAGCUGGCUGGUAGGUAGUGCAGGCCACGGACAAUGGUUGAAAACCGCUAACGGUGGCUAAUAGCAAGUAGCUAGUUAGCUGGCUACUCCCGUCCGGUAGACAAAGAGGUAGAUAGCCGGGAUAUGGGCCUGGCUCAAGGCUAACUGGUGCUUGCUUCGGGGGGCAGUGGUAAUUAGCCUACAGCAACAUCCAUUCGGUUGCGGCUAGCUAGUUGCGAUCCGGUGUUAGGGUCCAGUGAUUCAGUUAUUCCGGCAGAAAAUCUGAUGUUCUGGGUGAAAACCGCAAACGGAAGCUAAUAGCAAGUAGCUAGUUAGCUGGCUAGCUAGUUUCAACUGGAGAUUCUAGAUAAAGGUGAGUAAAUAAUAGAAUCCGUUCCACAUUGAGUGAGGCGGGUUGCAGGAAAGUAUAUUUAGUAGAAGGAUGAAAAGUGUGAUAGGGAAAUAUAUACAAAAAUACAAAAAACUGGCUAUUUUCACGGACACACAACAAAGAACACGACCGCACUGCUACGCCAUCUUGGAUCCAAGAUUUCAACAUUCAUCAUUCAACAACGUGUGUUGAUAUGUCUGCUCUGCAAGCUAAAAUGCAUCUGUGUGUGUGCGUGCGUGUGUGUGUCUGUGUGCAUGCACGUAUGUAUGUGUUCUCCAGUGUCUGGAGCGGGCCAUGAAGUUCUCGUUUAAUGAGUUCCACCUCUGGCACCAGUUGGGCUUGUCACUCAUGGCAUGUGGGAAGGUGAGCUCAUCAUCAUAUAUUUUCACACAUUCCCCAUCAUGCACACACACACACACACACACUCUCUAUCCUACUGUAAUCUGGCACCACUACCUGCUUGCAAGCAUAUAGGCUCACUCAUCUUCUAAAUGUUGCUGUGAGGUUGUGUGUGCAUUGGAAUGACUGAGUGAGCGCUUAUUGGGUGAUAAUGAGAGAUGCGUAGUGUGACACAGAUCUGGAAUCCUCCGAGUGAAACAGGAUAAUUGAUCUCCUCCUUUGCCUGGCUGCAUGUAGGAUGAGGUGACACUGCAGAUCAAUGGAGAACUCUGGAAAUAGGCUGCUCACUAUAAGGAUGGGGGGCUGCCUCAGUGUCGUCAGAUCCGCUUCUAUUUAGAGCCAGCCGUGUGUGUGUGAUAGAGAGUGUUUGUAGUGCAUUGAUGAAUGAGCUAUAUGAGUCCGUAUCUGUGUUACUCUAUAUGGAUAGUAAAUGUGUGUGUGAUCUAUACUCCUGUUCUAUCACUAGACUAGUUUGUGUCUGUCACUACAGUAUGAGAUUGUGUGUGUGUGUGUGUGUAAGCAUGAAUAUGUGAGUGUCUGUGGGUGUGUGACGUCUUUUCUCGAUGUGUCAGUAACCGUGUGUGUGUGUCUGUGUGUUUUACAGGGUGUGGGCGCGGUGUCUGUGCUCAAGGAGUGUGCCAGGAUGAGGCCCGAGGACCCCUCACUGCCCAUGUUGGCCGCCAAAGUCUGCAUCGGCCAGCUGCACUGGGUGAAUGACACACACACUCUUUCUAUUUCACGAUACAUUUACACUACAUACCAUGUAUACCAUCCAUACGGGAAGUCGGUCACCAUCCAGAAUAGCUGCACCCAUUAUUACACAACAACACUCCACACUAACAACGCCCUCCCACCCCACCACUGUGGUAGCCAGCCCAGUGCUGCCUGUCCUGUUGAUCCAGGAGGGGGGUAGUGUAGGAUUAGGAGACACAUGAUGGCAUGGCACAUCUGUCAGUGCAACAGAGGAGCUAGAGAUCAGGGGUGUCUAGAGAGACUAAGGGGCUUAUAGCCUUAAUCACAAUAAGACACUAUGGGACCAUAGAGAAACGAAUGACAAUACAUCUGGACCCAAUAACCGACCAUGGAACCACACAUUUGCGCUGUAAAAUCUGGGAGUCUGGGACUAUGGGACUAGAGUGAUUCCAGGAACUUUGACUCCUAGUUGGUAGGAGUGGAGUGAUCAAUAUACAUACAUGAUAAAGAUGAGCAAAAAUGACUGUAUAAAAUAAAUAAUCAAAAUACUGAGCUACAUUGUAUGCUCAAAAAAAUUGGGAAAUGUUAUGCUUUUAUAAUGAUAUAAUUAUAAUUUUGUUUAACAGGUAUUAUUAUUAUUUUUCCACAAAAAGGUAGAGUUCAAAAUUAUUGACACCCCUAUUUUAAGUACCUUUCAAUAGCUCACCCUGCGAGGAUAAUGGCACUGAACCUUUUUCUAAAAUGUUUUAGAAACUACCCCCUCCUGUAUCAACAACAGGACAGCUCUAAUUUAUUCUCUAAGAUUCAUGGAUGGAACAUAAUAAUAUUGUAUGGAACUUUGUUGAUAGCAUCCGUAUUCUGAGAAAGAGAGGGAUAGAGAGAGAGGAGGAGGAGGAUGAGGAAGGGGAGAGAUAGAAAGAGAGAGUGAAGGGCUUAUGGUACAGGAGUAAGAGAGGAGAGGGGGGGUCGUCUAAGCAGCUGUCCUGCUGUUCUGAUGGCACCGUUUCAAAGACCUGUCACCGACCCCUCCCCGUAGCUUACACUGAGUGACACACUUUUAGCUCAGCCCAGCUCAGCCCAGCUCAGCUACACUGACUGCAGUCUGGCGCUGUUUGAGGGGGGACUCUAUAGUGCGCUGUUCUUCACCUGAAUCUACAGUCCUCCUCACACUAACCACACACUGCCUUUUCCCACAAUGUCAUUCUGCCUACGAUACAGCCCUUCAGAUACAAACUCUCUAUACUAUUCAAAUACAAAAGCUCACUAAACAAGACAAACGGAACAAACUGAACAUGCCUUUAAACACUUGAGCUCACAGCUGACCUCACAAGGUUACAUAUGAAGUACUUCAGCAGACUAUACACUGUACUUCUAGGGACCCAUACCGCAUCUGACUGUUAUCUCUGUGUGUGAUAGCUGGAGGAGGCAGAGGCCCUGUCUCAGAGUGUGGUGUCCAUGGGAGAGGAGGCUGCAGAGUUUUUGCCGCGUGCGUACCUGACUGUGGGGCUUUGCUGCAGUCUGCAGGCCUCUGACGGUAAGAGACACCACUAUGAGCUGCUAUAGAGGCAGGAUUCGUUUCUUGUAACAAACAGUGUCCCUUCUCCAGAUACAGUGAGAAACCGGCACUUACAGAACCCACUACACCUCACUUGUCCUGAUAAAAUCCAUAGUUUUCCUUCCUAAUUUCCCUUCCCCAUCGCUUAUGCAGUAUCUAAUUCAGAGGUGAAUUGUGUAUGGAUGAAUAUGAGGUGUUACUCACAAAGGGUGACGUAAAAAUAAUUAAUGGUGCAAAAGACCGUAGAACUGUGCGAAAGAUACCGUAAACCUCAUUAUAUUCUACCAUGAAAAUGUCGCCCAAAAUGUAUUGUUUUCCACAAAUUGAUAUGUCCCUCUGUACCUAAUCUCUCUCUAGCCACUCUGAAAGCUGAGCGGGAUGGGUUCAACAGACGAGCACUGCAAAAUGUGCAAAAGUAUGUACCAACUGCCAACCUCUCUCUGUCAGUCUAGGCGGCAGGUGGCUUAGUGGGUAAGAGCGUUGUGCCAGUAACCGAAAGGUCGCUGGUUCUAAUCCCCGAGCCGACUAGGUGAAAAUCUGUCGAUGUGCCUUAAGUCAAGGCACUUAACCCUAAUUGCUCCUGUAAGUCGCUCUGGAUAAGAGCGUCUGCUAAAUGACUAAAAUGUAGGUUGGUCUUAACCUGUGUGUUUGUUUCUAUAGUUAGCAUGCACUACAGUUUGUGUGUUAUUCUGCAUUGUCAGUGAGUGUGACUUCUCUCUUCUGCAGAGCCUAUGCACUGGACCCCAAUGAUGCUAAGAUCGCCCUCUACCUGUCGCUCCAGCUGGCUCUUGUACGGCAGGUCAGUCAGCACACGCACACACGCACCAUUACGGCUCCUCUUAGUCAUGGGCGGCUCACAAUUGGGAAUGGCCGGCAGGGAUGUAGCUCAGUUGAUAGAGCAUGGCGUUUGCAACGCCAGGGUUGUGGGUUCGAUUCCCACGGGGGGGCAGUAUAAAAAAUAUUCACUAACUGUAAGUCGCUCUGGAUAAGAGCGUCUGCUAAAUGACUAAAAUGUAAAAUGUAAAUGUUAGUGGUUCUCCAUCUUGGAUCUUAUGCCUCUCUAGUCCUUGGGUUUAUUCUCUUCACUGUAGGUGUGUGUGUGUGUGUUCAGGUAGCAGCUGCCAUGGAUCCCCUGCAGGUGGCUCUGUCUUUACAUGGGGAUGACCUGCACUCCCUCCACCUGCUGACCCUGCUGCUCAGCGCCCAGAAACACCACCAACACGCCCUCGAAACCCUCACACUAGCCCUCAGUCAACACCCCGAGAGCUUCAAGUAGGACCCCACUCUCUCCUGUAUUAUGUGUCUGUGUCUGUAUGUGGAUGUGGGUAUGGGUGUGUGAGUGAGACUAGCUCCGGUGUGUGUCACCCAUCAUGGGUGCUCUGGAGGCCCAGCCCCAGAGCUUUCUGUGGGGAUAGGGUGUCUCCCUCCUCACCACGGACACACACACUGAAGGCUUUAUUUAGACGUGGGCAUCUGCACUGCGCUGCGGAGACUACCCUCACACACCCUUACCCUUUUCACGCUGCCGCACUGACCCUGACUUUACCAUGUAGGUUGGUGUUGCAGUACUCCCUCUCCGUUUGAGAAGCAGCAAACAUUAUGCAGUGAUGAACAUACACAGACACACUGCAUUAUGCUCAUAAGUUGCCAUGCAAUUGACCCGUGCCUCAGUGUUGCCUUGCUAUUAGAAGAAUAUGGAUAUUUGAUAUCCACAUGCCAUUUAUAUUAUGUUGCAGUGCCACCUCACCCGAGCCUCUGCAAUAAUGAUCUAAUACGUGUUCUUCAUAGCACAACCAUUUGGGGUCAGUGUUGGUCUCUAUGGUCUCAAGAAGAGGCAGAGAGGGGCACAGCGAAAAUAGAUAAGUGAUACAUGAGUGGGAUAUAGAGACAGGGAACUAAAGAGAGAAGUGGAGUCAGAGAAGGACAGAGAGAAUCAAACAUGGUUGCAUUUAUACCGUAUUUGUGGCUGUAUACUGUAUAACUAAAGCGUAUAUUGUAGCUAUCUCUCUCCCUCAUAUACAUAUGCACACAUACACACACACACACACACACACACCUUCUCCAUAGAGACACUUGACCACAUUGACCCAUUUAAGAGCUCUUUGCCAGGCUCAGCCAAUCACAGCACUCCCUGCGCCAGGAAUGCCCAUCACCCCGGUAACCAUGAGGUCAUAUCGGCGGAGGGAGCAGUCAACAUCAGUUGUUGUUCCACUCAGUUGUUAUGGAGAAAGAAAGAAUGGGUAUUUUCAGCCCAGGCAGGCACACAUACAGUGUGUUCGGAAAGUAUUCAGACCCCAUGACUUUUUCCACAUUUUGUUACGUUACAGCCUUAUUCUAAAAUUGAUUAAAUUGUUGUUUUUCCUCAUCAAUCUACACUCAAUAUCUCGUAAUGACAAAGCAAAUGUGUUAUUUUUUGGGGUGCAAAUUUAUCAAAUAUAAAUAAAAUGAAAUAUAACAUUUACACAAGUAUUCAGACCCUUUACUCAGUACUUUGUUGAAGCACCUUUGGCAGCGAUUACAGUCUCAAGUCUUCUUAGGUAUGACGCUACAAGCUUGGCACACCUGUAUUUGAGUUUCUCCCAUUCUUCUCUGCAGAUCCUCUCAAGCUCUGUCAGGUUGGAUGGGGAGCGUCUCUGCACAGCUAUUUUCAGGUCUCUCCAGAGAUGUUGGAUCGGGUUCUAGUCCGGACUCUGGCUGGGCCACUCAAGGACAUUCAGAGUCUUGUCCCGAAGCCACUCCUGCGUUGUCUUGGCUGUGUGCUUAGGGUUGUUGUCCUGUUGGAAGGUGAACCUUCGCCCCAGUAUGAGGUCCUGAGCGCUCUGGAGCAGGUUUUCAUCAAGGAUCUCUCUGUACUUUGCUCUGUUAAUCUUUUCCUCGAUCCUGACUAGUCUCCCAGUCCCUGCCACUGAAAAACAACCCCACAGCAUGAUGCUGCUACCACCAUGCUUCACCGUAGGGAUGGUUCUCCCAUCUCCACAGAGGAACUCUGGAGCUCUGUCGGAGUGACCAUCGGGUUCUUGGUGACCUCCCUGACCAAGGCCCUUCUCCCCUGAUUACUCAGUUUGGCCGGGCGGCCAGCUCUAGGAAGAGUCUUGGUGGUUCUAAACUUCUUCCAUUUAAGAAUGAUGGAGGCCACUGUGUUCUUGGGACCUUCAAUGCUGCAGAACUAUUUUGGUACCCUUCCCCAGAUCUGUGCCUCGACACAAUCCUGUCUCAGAGCUCUACGGACAAUUCCUUCGACCUCAUGGCUUGGUUUUUGCUCUGACAUGCACUGUCAACUGUGGGACCUAAUAUAGACAGGUGUGUGCCUUUCCAAAUCAUGUAAAAUCAAUUGAAUUUACCACAGGUGGACUCCAAUCAAGUUGUAGAAACAUCUCAAGGAUGAUCAAUGGAAACAGGAUGCACCUGAGCUCAAUUUAGAGUCUCACAGCAAAGGGUCUGAAUACUUUUGCAAAACAUUUUAAAAACCUGUUUUCGCUUAACAAAAUGUCAAAAAAGUAAAUAUCUUAAUAGCAGACAGCAAUUGGGUGAACAGUUGAAAUGUGUAGACAUAUUUCUUAUAUUUGAGAUGGUUCAUUGAGCUUUUACCUUAAAAUGCAGUAAUAACCUGUUGCAUUCUUUAAUGGUGGGAAACAUUACUGUCUUUUUAGCUCUCUUUCCCCAGUAUGUUUUUAAUCUUUCUGUCUAUAUUAGAAAUUUUUAUCAGCUAGUAAACAGGCGUGCAUUUCCAAUCAAAAUGGAAUUCAUCUCGCACAGUAAGAGAGCUGAGGAGGCUGUGGAAAGGGAGAGUAGGAAGGGAGGAGAGAGGGAGAGAGAGAGAGAGAGAGAGAGAGAGAGUAGUCUCACAGUUUGUUCUAAAGAUAAUGAUUAAUCCCAGCCUUUGAUUCUGCAUUCAUCUUGCAGGAUGUUACAGUGUGUGUGUGUGUGUGUGUGUGUGUGUGUGAGUGCUUGCACACACACACACACACACCCAGGAGGAAGCCCACUAACACACGGCAUAUCACUCCUCUACUAAACGCUGCUCGGCACGGGGGCUAAUAGGAAACCCUCAGCCCCAACUGGCCCCGCUGACAGGCGUAUCCUUAACAUCACGUCCCUCAGCAGCAGUUGUCAUCCUCAUGUCAGAUGAUCCAGUAGUCAUCUCUCCUCCCUCCCUCCAUCCCCCCAUCCCUUCCUCCAUCCCCCCAGCCCAUCCGCCCACCCGUGAGCCAGUAACAAGCCACAUUUCACCGGUAGUUUUUCCCCUGACGAAGGCCGUCUCGCUGCGCUAUUGAUCGCUAGUGGUGUCUGGCAGCCAGAGAUGAGGAGAGGGAGGAAUAAUUGGAAGAGGUUUCAGUUGGGGGAGCAGGCAGGCAGGCAGAUAGCCAGAGAGGUAGACAGGGAGACAGGCAGGCAGUUAGGCAAGCAGAAAGACAGCAAGCAGAGGCAGACAGGUGUCUCUCUCUCUCUCUCACACGGGUGAAUGAGGACUCUGACUCUCUCUCUGUCCCUCUGUCUUUCUUUUCCCAUGACAUACUCAACCUCUCUCCCUCUAUCACACACAGAGCAGAUGACUAGCCCCCACUGUACGUGUGUGUAGCCAUCUGUAUUUGUCCAGUCUAUUUGUCUAUUGGUGGACAUUGGCCAUUGAAACAAGUCUUCCUCCUCACCCAUCUGUUGGGAAACAGAGGACCAAAGCUCUAUAAAUAUACAUUGAUAAACAUGAUUAUCCUAUAUGAUAGUAUUAUCAAGUCCUGGUUGAUGUGUCAACAGUAUGUGCUGACCUAGCAAGCACAGCAAUGUUGUGUCAACAUGUUGUGGGGUGGUUGUGUGUGUUUGCUGAUGUGUUGAGCGCAGGGGUUCGAACCGGUUCAGGAAUUAGAACUGAAAACCAGAAAAUAACUGUUCCGGAACAGAACUGUUAUUUUAAAAGCAAGCGAACCGGUUAAUGACGUUAUUUUACAUUCGGGGCAUUUUUUUUCAGUCCCACAAAAAAACGCAACAAGCCGUUUAUGCAAAGCCCUCACUCUGUCACUCAGAAACGUAUUCCAGUGUCUGACUGCCAGCUGGAAAUCUUUGCCAGUGUGUGUGUGUGUGUAGGCAACCUGCCCCUCAUCCUUCCAAAGCUUAGGCUAGCCUACUGACGUUACAAGCGUGAUUCAGAAAUUAGGGAGAGAUUUUUAAUUAGAGAAGAAUGCAUGGAUACAUUUUUUCAAUGCUAGUUACAGAUACUAUAGUUAUCACGUUUCACAUUGGAUUUAUUAACUACAAAAAGGUAAGACUAUUUUUUUAUUCUGGUGCUGCUCUGCACACACAAGCUUGUUAGCUAGCUUGCUAGCUCUGGUCCAACGUUAAGCCAAAUCUCUGAAGUUCAGAGACAUUCAAAGUUCCUCCAUAGAAGCCGGUCCUCCGUAGAUAUAAUUCUGUGGGCCUAAUUCAGAUAAUGCAUGUCAUAACAAGAUGCCCAGCGUUUCAAGCCAAGCCUUGUCUGUCCAUCGCGCAUGUAAACAACUAUUGCUUGCUCGCUCCAUAGCAAGCUGCUCUAUCCGCACUGAUUGGUGAAGUAAUUGAAUGUUGAGCUAAAUGUAAAAAAUGUAUUUAUGUAUUUAAGUUUAAAAAGGAACAGAAAGGAACGAUAUAAACCAGUAGUUUUUUUUGGUUCAGAACUUUAUUUUGCUGGUCGGAACAGUGGAACGAAACGAAAAAAAUGAUAGUUCUGUUCAGAACAAAACGAUUGGAAAAUAAUGUUGGUUCCAACCCCUGGUUGAGUGUAUGGUACAGCAUACGAAUGUGUGUAUCAAUGUGUUAAGUGCUAAUUUGUUAAUGUGCUCCUUGUCACUCAGCCUGCUGUUCACUAAGGUGAAGCUGGAGGAGGCUCUGUAUGGGCCGGGGGUAGCACUCCAGACCUGCGAAGACAUGCUGCAUCUAUGGCAGAGGCGCUAUGACUUCACACGCACCAGGUAUGUGAAUGAUUCUGCCUGCCAGUCUGUCUCUCUAUUUGUGUAGAUAUUGUGUUUGUUACAUGUGGGUGCGUCCAUUCCAUGCUGGCAUGUGUGUGGGUGUCUGUGUCUUGUGUGUAUAAUAGGGACGAUACCAGUAUCGUAAUGCUCGUUAGUAUCGUGGCAAGGAAACAAACCCGAAGCGGAUUUAACUUCAUUAGGAAAACAGCCCUAAUGUCGGAAUCAAACAUCAUUAUGUUGUCAUCCAGAGUCACAUUUAUUUAUUUUCCAAGCUACAGCACACAAUAUUUUACACACAGCAGGUUUUUAAAGGACCAAAGAGUUCGGUGUGCUUUGUGUUUUAAAUUUUUGGCAUGGAAAAAAUAUUGUGAUACUGGUAUUGUCCCAGCCCUAGUGUAUAAUGUGAUUGUGUGGGUGGGUGUGUGUUUGUACAUGCAUGCAUGAGUGACUGUGUGUGCAUGUGAGUGUGUGUGUCUACUGCACUAUGGGUGCAUGUCAGUAUAAUGGCUGCUGCUGUGUGUUCAGUGGGAGCUUUAUAAGAUGCUGUGUAUUGAUUAGCUGUCAUGUGGUGUUGCAGUGAGGGGGAUGACAGCAGCAGUAUCCACCCACCAGAGCCACUUCCACUCAGCCGCAAACCCAGCCGCCUCCACCUCAACCUGCCAGACUUCCAGGACACUGAGACUGGUGUGUAUACUGGACACAGCCUCUUGGGAGUGUAUUGAUGUUUAUUUAACGUUGUCUCUUUGAGAUAAGAAUAAAGCUAUUUUGCAAGAGAGACCAGUAUUUGUAUCUUUACAAAAUAUGAUCUGCUGUUUAUAAAUUAGGGUUUUUCGUGUAUGUGUACUGAUUGAGAAUGAGAACUAUUCCCGGACCUGAUUGAGUGUGUAUGAGGAUACAUACACUACUAGUCAAAAGUUUGGACACACCUACUCAUUAAAGGGUUUUUCUUUAUUUUUUACUAUUUUCUACAUUGUAGAAUAAUAGUGAAGACAUCAAAACUAUGAAAUAACACAUAUGGAAUCAUAUAGUAACCAAAUAAGUGUUAAACAAAUCAAAAUAUAUUUUAUAUUUGAGAUACUUCGAAUAGCCACCCUUUGCCUUUAUGACAGCUUUGCACACUCUUGGCAUUCUCUCAACCAGCUUCAUGAGGUAGUCACCUAGAAUGCAUUUCAAUUAACAGGUGUGCCUUCUUAAAAGUUAAUUUGUGGAAUUUCUUUCCUUAAUGCGUUUGAGCCAAUCAGUUGUGUUGUGACAAGGUAGGGGGGGUAUAGAGAAGAUAGCCCUAUUUCGUAAAAGACCAAGUCCAUAUUAUGGCAAGAACAGCUCAAAUAAGCAAAGAGAAACGACAGUCCAUCAUUACUUUAAGACAUGAAGGUCAGGCAACACUGAACAUUUCAAGAACUUUGGAAGUUUCUUCAAGUGCAGUCGCAAAAAACAUCAAGUGCUAUGAUGAAACUGGCUCUCAUAAGGACCGCCACAGGAAUGGAAGACCCAGAGUUACCUCUGCUGCAGAGGAUAUGUUCAUUAGAGUUACCAGCCUCAGAAAUUGCAACCCAAAUAAAUGCUUCACAGAGUUCAAGUCACAGACACAUCUCAUCAUCAACUGUUCAGAGGGGACUGUGUGAAUCAGGCCUUCGUGGUCGAAUUGCUGCAAAGAAACCCCUACUAAAGGACACCAAUAAUAAGAAGAGACCUGCUUGGGCCAAGAAACACGAGCAAUGGACAUUAGACCGGUGGAAAUGUGUCCUUUGGUCUGGAGUCCAAAUUGGAGAUGUUUGGUUCCAACCGCCGUGUCUUUGUGAGACGCGGUGUUGGUGAACGGAUGAUCUCCGCAUGUGUAUUUCCCACCGUAAAGCAUGGAGGAGGUGUUAUGGUGUGGGGGUGCUUUGCUGGUGAAACUGUCUGUGAUUUAUUUAAAAUUCAUGGCACACUUAACCAGCAUGGCUACCACAGCAUUCUGCAGCAAUACGCCAUCCCAUCUGGUUUGGGCUUAGUGGGACUAUUAUUUGUUUUUCAACAGGACAAUGACCCAACACACCUCCAGGCUGUGUAUGGGCUAUUUUACCAAGAAGGAGAGUGCUGCAUCAGAUGACCUGGCCUCCACAAUCCCCCGACCUCAACCCAAUUGAGAUGGUUUGGGUUGAGUCGGACGGCAGAGUGAAGGAAAAGCAGCCAACAAGUGCUCAGCAUAUGUGGGAACUCCUUCAAGACUUUUGGAAAAUAAUUCCAGGUGAAGCUGGUUGAGAGAAUGCCAAGAGUGUGCAAAGCUGUCAUAAAGGUUGGCUAUUUGAAGAAGCUCAAAUAUAAAAUAUAUUUUGAUUUUUUUAACACUUUUUUUUAAAUUACUACAUGAUUCCAUAUGUGUUAUUUCAUAGUUUUGAUGUCUUCACUGCUCUACAAUGUAGAAGAUAGUAAAAAAUAAAGAAAAACCCUUGAAUGAGUAGGCGUGUCAACUUUUGACUGGUACUAUAUAUCAUAUCAUAUCAUCAUUCAUAUUUUCUGUAUGUGUGCUGAGUCUCCACUUUUCCUGGAUCAGGCUCUGUGUGUAUGUGUACUGACUGAGUAUAAAUUCUUCCUGGAUCAGGUUUAUUGUGUCUGGUAGUGUAUAAUGUUGUACGUGUGCUGACUAUCAACUCUCGCUGGGUCAGGUUCUCAGAGUGGUCCGUCCCUCGCUGCGUCUCGUCUGGAGCAGGCCAUGUCAGAGGUGUCAGCCAUCAGCUCCGCCCACAAACAGGGUCCCGCCUACAUCUGGACCACCCUGGAGCGCAUCUGGCUGCAAGCAGGUACAGGAGGGAGGGAGACUACACUACUAUCUAGUCUACUACACUCUAGUGUACACUGGAGUCAGCUAGGACAAGUGUGUGCUUCUUACCCACUGAAAUUAGCUACAGGUGGGAGUGUAGACUCUACCACUGGAGUGUACAUUCUAGUGCUGGAGGUACUAGUGGACACUCCAUUGGAGUUGUAUCUAGAGGAGGGAGGGAGAGUGCACUCCACUGGAGUUAGCUAGAGGGCAGGGGUGUGUAUCCUACCCUAUAGUUGUGAACUGAGCAGAGAGAAAGGCCACCAUUAUAACAAUGGAUGAGUUAGGGUUGAGUCCACUGUGUUGGAUUUUAAGCAAAGGUUAUUUUCAUCAGCUGGCCUUUCGUCAUCUGGCAUUUCUAUCUGACCCUUGAGACUGAACCUUUAAAAAAAUUCACUGCAAAACCCACUGAACUCACAUCAGGUACACCUAUACUGUAUCCAGUGGUGGUUGGUGCCAUUCAAGAUUAGGGAGAACAUUACAUUUUUUAUGAGCAUGGCCUUAUUUCUAUUACAGCAUAUUGGAUGACUGUCAUUCAUAUUCCAUUCACCCAGCGCAAUGUAAAAUCGAUAGGUUUAGGAUACUACAUGGUACUUGAAUUUGCCCUAUACCCAUCAUGAGGUUGCUACAACUUAGCCUACAAAUUAAAGUUUAUAAUGUAGGUGCACAGGUCGAGAGACUAAUUGGAGUAAUCUGCGGUGUGUAAUCAUUAGUCCAAACAGUUAUUGGACAAUUUCAGGUAGGUUCCUCCCCGUUGUGUUCCGUUUGCUUCUGUUUAAGAAACGUUUUGCAACAGAAUCAGCAGAAUGAAUACACCCCUGAUCACCCGCACACACAGUUCACUGUCAUAGCAGCCACAUACAGCAUCAUCACUGCUCAUUGUAUAAUUCCUUCUUGCAUCUACGCACUCUCCUCCUCUGACCUUUUCCCUUCACUUGUGGACUUCAGUGCACAACAAAAUCAGGUGCAACAAACUCUCCAAGCCAAACCUUCAUACCAUAACCGCUAACCUCUACAUUGUUGUUACCAUAUUAACAUUAUAGUCAACAAACUACGUAGAACGAACGCGUUAGUAAACCCAAAAUCCAAUCCAUGUGUACAAUCACACAGUACAGACAGUGUACAGCAAGCAGUUUAGCAGUUACACCGGCGGGCCCCGGUAGCAAUAAACGAAUAAAACAGAAAGCUUACCUUGACUUGGAAGAGUAGCAGUGUUGGAUAGCCUUAGCCAGCUCGCUAACAUAAAUAGCAUUCCUCUAUGUUUGAGUCAGGUUGUUGAGUAGGCUAAAUUAGCUGCAUUAGCUAAGUAAGUGAAAGGUAAACGAAGAAGAAAAAAAUACAACAAAUAUAGCUGCUGCUGCUUCUCCUUAAUUUUUGAAGAAAUUAAUUUGUCUUUCUUCCUCCGAGUCAACUACUCACCACACUUUAUGCACUGCAAUGCUAGCUAGCCAUAGCUUUUGCUUUCAGGACUAGAUUCAUUAUCUGAUCAUUUGAUUUGUUGGACAAGAUGUUAGUUCAUACUGCAAGAGCUCUGAUAGGUUGGAGGACAUCCUCCGGAAGUCGUGAUAACUGUGUAAGUAAAUGAAAGGGGGUGAGAACCAUGGUGCGACCCUAGAGGGUGCUGUUGAGGUUACUGUAGACCAUCAUUGCAAAAUAGUGUUUUAAUCAGUUAUUUGGUGACGUGACUAUAUUUAGGAUAGUUUUAUCUAAAAAGGGUCCUUGCCUUCCUCCUAUGAGGAGCCUCCACUUACUGUAACUUCCUGCCUAAAAUCUCACAUCCUGAUUGGUCAAAUAGUCAGGCAGCACAAACACACACACAGCACUGCGCCUCUCCUCAGGGCAGGACACAGGAAACAAUCAGCAUGACCUGGCUCCAUAUACACACACACACACGCACAGGCACACACACAAACGGGCACGCAUGUAUGCGCGCGCACACACACAGCCACUAUGAAUGGUUUAUUCAUAUUAUUGCUGUUCUUCAUUUUGGUGAGAGUCCAGUUGAGAAAUAUGAAAAAUCGUUUAUAUAACAGGGGAUCAUGCUUCGAAUACCUAUUCUUUCCCCAAAUGAAAAUAGGGAUCCGAAAUAGCCUUUUUUAUCUUUCUGACUAAUGUUAUAUGAGUGUAAUAGCGUGCACACAAAGCUCCCAUCUAGCUCCCAUCUGUGCCCACUUCGAAAAACAGAUAAACAAACAUUUAUACAAUCUGUCUCUCACACACACAGACACAUACACACACUUUACUGGGCUAGCGCACGUACAGUGCCUUCAGAAACUAUUCAUACCCCUUGACUUAUUCCACAUGGUGUUGUGUUACAGCCUGAAUUCAAAAUGGAUUAAACAGAUUUUUUUGUCACCCAUCUACACAUAAUAACCCAUAAUGACAAAAUGAAAACAUGUUUUUAGAAAUUUUAGCGAAUGGCAGCGAUUACAGCUUUGAGUCUUUCUAGGUAAGUCUGUAAGAGCUUUCCACAUCUGGAUUGUGCAACAUUUGCCCAUUUCAAAAUUCUUCAAGCUCUGUCAAAUUGGUUGUUGGUCAUUGCUAGAAAACCAUUUUCAGGUCUUGCAAGAUAUUUUUAAGUAGAUUUAAGUCAAAACUGUAACUCGUCCACUCCGGAACAGUCACCGUGUUCUUGGCAAGCAACUCCAGUGUAGAUUUGGCCUUGUGUUAUUGUCCUACUGAACGGUGAACUCAUUUACCAGUGUCAGGACAAAAGCAGACUGAAGCAGGUUUUCCUCUAGAAUUUUGCCUGUGCUUAGCUCUAUUCCGUUGCUUUUGUAUCCUGAAAAACUCUCCAGUCCUUAACGAUUACAAGCAUACCCAUAACAUGAUGCAACCACCACUUGAAAAUAUGGAGAGUGGUACUUAGUAAUGUGUUGUAAUAGAUUUUCCCCAAACAUAACAUGUUGUAUUCAGGGCAGAAAGGUAAUUGAUUUGCCAAUUUUUUUGCUGUAUUACUUUAGUGCCUUGUUGCAGACAGGAUGCAUGUUUUGGAAUAUUUUUUAUUCUGUACAGGCUUCUUUUCACUGUGUCAAUUAGGAUAGUAUUGUGGAGUAACUACAAUGUUGUUGUCCAUCCUCAGUUUUCUCCUAUCACAGCCAUUGAACUCUGUAACUGUUUUAAAUCACCAUUGGCCUCAUGGUACAAUCCCUGAGCGGUUUCCUUCCUCUCUGGCAACAGUUAGGAAGGACACCUGUAUUCUUCUCACCCAUGUAUACACAAUACUCCAUAAAACAUGUUUUUAGAGAUCUUCGCAAAUGUAUUGAAAAUUAAAUACAGACAUAUCUAAUUUACAUAAGUAUUCACACGCCUUUGCUAUAACACUCCAAAUUGAGCUCAGGUGCAUCCAAUUUCUUUUGAUCAUCCUUGAGAUGUCACUACAACUUGAUUGGAGUCCACCUGUGACCAAUUCAAUUGUUUGGACCUGUCUACACUGAGUGAACAAAACAUUAGGAACACCUUCCUAAAAUGUAGUUGCACCCACUUUUGCCCUCAGAACAGCCUCAAUUCGUCGGGGCAUGGACUCUACAAGGUGUCGAAAGCGUUCCACACGGAUGCUGGCACAUGUUGACUUCAGUGCUUCCCACAGUUGUGUCAAGUUCACUGGAUGUCCUUUGGGUGGUGGACCAUUCUUGAUACACACAGGAAACUGCUGAGCAUAAAAAACCCAGCAGCGUUGCAGUUCUUGACACUCACAAUCCAUGUCUCAAUUGUCUCAAGGCUUAAAUAUCCUUCUUUAACCUGUCUCCUCCCCUUCAUCUACACUGAUUGAAGUGGAUUUAGCAAGUGACAUCAAUAAGGGAUCAUAGCUUUCACCUGGAUUCACCUGGUCAGUCUAUGUCAUGGAAAGAGCAUGUGUUUUGUACACUCAGUGUAUAUAAGGUCCCACAGUUGACAGUGCAUGUCAGAGCAGAAACUAUACUAUGAAGUCCAAGGAACGGUCCAUAGAUCUCUGAGCUAGAAUUGUGAUAAGGCAUAUAUCUGAGGAAGGGUAUAAAACCAUUUCUAAAGUGUUGAAAGUUUCCAAGAAAUUGAAAAAAUAUGGAACUACCCAGACUGCCUAGAGCUGGCCGUCUGACCAAACUGGGCAAGAAGGAACUUGGUCAGGGAGGUGACCAAGAACCCAAUGACCACUCUGACAGAAAUACAGAGUUCCUUGGCUGAGAUGGGCGAACCUGCCAGAAGGACAACAGUCUCUACAGCACUUCAACAAUCUGGGCAUUAUAAUAUAUAAUAUAAUAUUAUGGGAGAGUGGGCAGACGGAAGCCACUCCUGAGAAAAAGGCACAUGACAGCAUGCCUGGAGUUUGCAAAGAAAGGCACAUGAAAGACUCUGAGAGCAUAAGGUAAAAUAUUCUGUGGUCUGAUGAGACAAAAAUUGAACUAUUAGACCUAAAUGCAAAGCGCUAUGUCUGGAGAAAACCAGGCACAGCUCAUCACCCAUCUAACACCAUCCCUACUGUGAAGCAUGGUGGUGGCAGCAUCAUGCUAUGGGGAUGCUUUUCAGCGGCAGGGACUGGGAGACUAGUAAGGAUAAGGGGAACAAUGAAUGGAGCCAAAUACAGGCAAAUCCUUGAUGAGAACCUGCUUCAGAGUGCAAACGACCUUAGACUGGGGGCGAAGAUUUACAUUCCAACAGGACAAUGUCCCCAAGCAUACAGCCAAAGCAAUGCUGGAAUGGCUUCAGAACAAUAAGUCCUUUAGUGGCCGAGCCAAACCCCAGACUUGAAUCCCAUUGAAAAUCUGUGGAAAGACUUGGAAGAUUGCUGUUCACCGCCGCUCCAUUUUUCUAACUUAACAGAGCUUGAGAAAAUCUGCACGGAAGAAUGGGAGAAAAUCCCCAAAUCCAGAUGUGCAAAGCUGAUACAGACAUACCCAAGACAACUCAAAACUGUAAUCGCUGCCAAAGGCGCUUCUACAAAGUAUUGACUCAGGGGUGUGAAUACUUAUGUAAAUGAGAUAUUUCUGUAUGUCAUUUUCAAUUAGCUAACAUUUCUAAUAACAUGUUAUGGUGUGUAUUGUAUUUAAAAAAUAUAUGUUUUUAUCCAUUUUGAUUUCAGGCUGUAACACAACAAAAUGUGGAAUAAGUCAAGGGGUAUGAAUACUUUCUGAAGGCGCAGUAUAUAAUUCCCUAUUUCUUCUAAAAUAAGUUGAAAUUGGAACAAAUAUUUUGGUCUCCACAUCUUGUUAUUGGAUUUUCAACAUUGUAGAAACAAUUUUAUUUUUGUAAACAAGUUAAUUUAAACAAUGUUUUAGAAUUUUUCUUCCACUUUGACAAUACAGAGUAUUUUGUGUUGAUCGUUGACCAAAAAUGACAAUUAAAUCAAUUUCAAUGCCACUUUGUAACAUAUCAAAAUGUGGAAAAAGUAAUGUGGUGUGAAUACUUUCUAAAGGCACUGUACAAUUUUUCACAUUCAUUUAUUCAACAUAAAAAAUAUGAAUAUCCCAAAAUGACCCUUUUUGAUUUUGUUCAUUUUAAUACAUAUUGUUUGGAGCUGUACAAGCACAUCACAUUUCCAUAGUAGGCUCUCUACUAAUUCUGAAGGUAUGAUACAUUUUAUGAGUACCACCAACACACUGAAUGGGAAAAUGGAUUCAAACGGGAACUCCCUCUGCUGGUGAUUUGCUGAAUGUGCAAUCCUAAAGGAGGGCUGUGAAUGGUUAAUUACCUAUAAUGUCAAUUUCUAUGUAUAAUAUGGGUUAUAUCAUUAACAGUACCAGAAAAUGUAAUGUGUUUAAAAAGUAUAUUGUUACAAACAACAUGUAAAAAAGUUUUGACAUAUUAAUACUUGUUAUAUUGAAUAAAUUAAUGUGAAAAUAUAUAUUUCAGAAUCUAGACAUACUUCAUUUUUUAGAGAACACUAAGUAGUAUAAUGACACCAAGAUGUUGUCUGUAUCAUGUACGGUUCACAGAUCAUAGGGUCUUACAGGAGACAUGUAUAGGUCUAAAAAGGGCCUAAAAUGGCCAAUUUCACCAUGAUUUUCUCUAAAAUGGUUUGUGAUACAAAUGUAAAAAGAAUGUUAAACAUCUUUCCUCCCAAUGAUGUUCCUAUGGAAGAAUUCCCAGAACAAUCUGAGAUACCCAAAGUAUUUUCCACUCUCGCUGGCGUGGAAUCGCUGUGUUGUUUCCUCUGCUGCAAUAUUCCCCAAGUCAAUCUUGUAAAUUAGUAUAAGUUCUCAAUCAACUUACCUGGUAAAAUAAAGAGAAAUGAAACAAGAAUCAUUAAUGUCGAACAACGGUGGCCAUGCAGUUGGUGAUGUGACAUGUUAGCCUGACUCUACCUGCACAUACUGUACUGCUACUGUCCCAUCCGGUGCUCAUGCUCUCUCUCCCCCCACCCCUCUCUCACUAUCUGUCUCUCUCUCGUCCCCUCAUCUCUCUCCCGUAGGAGAGUUGUUCAUGGCAGAGGGACGUUUGAAGGAGGCCCAGUUCUGUGUCCAGGAGGCAGCGGUGCUCUUUCCCAACUCCCACUCUGUGCUGCUGCUGAGGGGCCGGCUGGCCGAGCUCAAAGGGAACCAGGACGAGGCCAAGAGCUUCUAUGACGAAGCCCUGGCCAUCCACCCCAACGGACACCGCAUACUGCUGCACCUGGUGAGAGAGAGCGAGAGAGACACACACGGGCACACACACAUACACACACAGGUUUGGUGAGACACACACACACACACAGUCCUGGUGAGAGUCACAUACACAAAGGCCUGGGGCACAUCAACAGACCUAUUAUCAUCAGUAAUGGCAGAUUACCAUCAUAAAACUCUUACCUGUGAGCCAUAG